UCAUCUCUCAUCACUCCCAUCUCCACCCUUCAAUUCACCAACUCCACCACCUAACCCACCAUGAAGCUUCUCACCAAGGAAGAAGAGGAUGCCCACUACAGCUCCGUCGUUAAAGGCGGCAGUGUCGGUACCGCUCUCGGUCUCGUCGGCGGUGUCGCGGGUGUCAUGCUCGCCGCGCGCCGCUACCACACCAUCCGUAACCUCACGCUCCCCAUGAAGGCCUUCCUGGUGACCUCGUCGGGUACCUUCGUGGGUAUCAUUGCCGCAGACCACGCGUCGCGGUCCUUCGAAGCCGAACGCAACCAGCAGAUGCAAUGGUACGAGAACCGCGAGCAGCGGCUGCGCUCGGAGGAGCUGGCCCAGCUGACCAUGACGGACCGCGCGCUGCUCUGGGCCCGCCGCGAGAAGUACAAGAUCGUCAGCGCCACCUGGGUCGCCUCCAUGAUCGGCUCCUUCGUCCUCGUCGGCCGUAACCCCUACCUCUCGGGACAGCAGAAGAUCGUCCAGGCGCGUGUCUACGCCCAGGGUUUGACUCUGGCCGUGCUGGUCGCUUCGGCUGGGUUCGAGAUCUCCGACCAGCGCAGGGGCAAGGGCAUUCUGGAUGCCUCGAAGGAGCAGAAGAAGAAGCAGGCGGCAGUGGAGCAGGCCCAGCAGGAGGAGUCCGCUGAGAGUGGCGGCGACUUGUGGAAGGAUAUGGUUGCCGCCGAGGAGGAGCGGUUGAAGAAGAAGCAUGUGUCGCUGUACGAGAAGCACGGUGAGCAUGGCCACGCCGAUGCUAAGGAAUCCGCUCCUGCUCCUGCUUCUGCUCCUGCUCCCGCCAAGGAGGAGACUCAGUCGCCGGCUCCGGCCACUGAGGAAAAGAAAGAGAAUUAGACUUUCUGGCAUUUCUCUUCCGCAACUUCCUAUAUUCUCAGUGUCCGAUGGUGAAAACGGACAAUGUCCAACCCAACACCCUCUGGUUGAUGUUUAUUGUCUAAUUGCAGGGAAAAGUGCUCGCUUUCCACUUGGGAUAUAAACCGUGACAUUUACUUUUUUUCUUUCAUGUUUUGCGUGGCGAAAACGGCGUUCUAUUCUUUGGAUUGUACAGUUGGUACGGUAUAAGUACACUGGAUGUACGGUGGUGUACAUUUUGUAUAUGUCUAUGUCUUAGAUUUACUUUCUUCUCUCUUCUCAUCUCCUCGAUUGAAACUGAAUGACUUGUUGAUGAUUGACCCAUAGCGCUCGUUUCUGAUGCCUCUGGUUCAUAUUUUUUUAUUAUUUUAACCAGUGGUCCUUGAACACGCAUUCGUGAAGACUCCCCGAUAACUGCAUAUCAUUAUGCCAAUUAAG